UUGACAAUAAAAGUGUAUUGAAAUAUAGAAAACUGCGCUUUAAAUAAGUGAAAUUCAAAAUUGAAUAUGAAAUAGUUUUAAAAUUACUUUAUAUGUAAAUAUUGUAAUAUAGUUAGGGAAGCGUUUAAAUGCUCAUUUAGUGGUAGAAGAAAUUGUAUGCUAAGAGUAAAAAAUUCGUCAUGUUCAAGCGAAUUAUUCCUUUCAAAAUGCUAGUGAGGCAGGCAGCAUUUGUCCCUGCCUAUAAACCACCUGUAGAAAAGGAUUUUGAAACAAUAAAAUACUUUGUAAGACGCAAUAAAAAAAUUCUAGUACUAACUGGUGCUGGAAUAUCGACUGAAUCGGGAAUCCCUGACUAUAGAUCUGAGGGAGUAGGUUUAUAUGCAAGAAGUAAUCAUAAACCAGUGCAGUAUCAAGAAUUUGUGAAAUAUCCUAAAGUGAGACAGAGAUACUGGGCGAGGAACUUUGUAGGGUGGCCAAGGUUUAGUGUGGUACAGCCAAAUGCAACACAUCAUGCUAUUAGAGAAUUAGAAAAGAUCAACAAAGUAAGUGCAAUAGUGACUCAAAAUGUUGACCGUCUGCAUCACAAGGCUGGUUCGGAGAAUAUUAUUGAACUUCAUGGUACUGGUUAUAUAGUGAAAUGCUUACAAUGUACUUUUGAAGUAGAUAGAUAUGAGCUUCAAGAGACAAUAAUGCAGCAGAAUCCAGAUAUGGAAAGUAGUGUUACAAUGAUCAGACCUGAUGGAGAUGUUGAAUUAUCUAGAGAACAAAUUGAAAAGUUUCGAGUACCAUUGUGUCCAAAAUGUGAAGGUCCUUUGAAGCCGGAUAUAGUGUUCUUUGGGGACAAUGUUCCCAAAGAGAGAGUAGAAAAGGUCAGAAGUGAGGUAAGUGAAAGUGAUGCGGUGUUUGUGUUAGGUUCAAGUCUAACUGUGUAUUCUAGCUAUAGAAUAAUAUUACAAGCAAAGGAAGAGAAAAAGGAAGUUGCCAUUUUGAAUAUCGGACCAACCAGAGCUGACAAUAUUGUGGAUAUAAAAAUAUCAACAAAAUGUAGUGAUAUAUUAACAGAUUUACAUAAAAGGGUUUAAUAUAAGCUUUUAAUGAUGAUUUGAUUAUUUUUAGAUGACUUGUGAAUAAUAAUUGUUAAAAAC